AUGACGCCUCGAGGAAGCGUCGCCGCGUCCGCGCUGACGCGCGCGAUCGAGGGACCCGCGCGCGUCGGCGCCGCGCCGCCGACGAUCGGCGACGAGUGGACGCGUCCGAUCGCGUCCUCCGCGCGGUUCUUCUCCUCCACGCGCGCGCGCCUCGCCGCGCCGGCGUUGAACGCCGACGGCACGGACCCGCUCGCGAGGAACAUCGGCAUCUCCGCGCACAUCGACAGCGGGAAGACGACGCUGACGGAGCGCAUCUUGUUCUACACCGGACGCAUCUCCGCGAUACACGAAGUUCGAGGGAAAGACGGCGUCGGCGCGAAGAUGGAUUCCAUGGAGCUCGAGCGCGAGAAAGGUAUCACGAUCCAGUCCGCGGCGACGUACUGCAAGUGGAAAGACAGCAACAUCAACAUCAUCGACACCCCGGGCCACGUCGACUUCACGAUCGAGGUCGAGCGCGCGCUGAGGGUCCUCGACGGCGCCAUCUUAGUCCUCUGCAGCGUCGGCGGCGUGCAGUCGCAGUCCAUCACCGUGGACCGACAGAUGCGUCGGUAUAAAGUCCCGCGGCUGUGUUUCAUCAACAAGUGCGACCGCACGGGCGCGGACCCGUUCAAAGUCUUGAAGCAAGUCCAGGACAAGCUCAGGCUCAACGCCGCGGCGGUGCAGGUCCCGAUCGGCCUCGAGGAGAACCACGCCGGGGUCGUCGACUUGGUGAAGAUGAAAGCCAUCACGUUUCAUGGGCCCAACGGGAACGACAUCAAGAUCGAGGAGAUCCCCGGAGACAUGGCGUCGCUCGUCGCGGAGAAGCGCAAGGCGCUCGUCGAGGCCGUCGCGGAGGUCGACGAGGAGCUCGGCGAGGUGUUCCUCAUGGGCGAGGACCCCACCGCGGAGCAGCUCGCGGCGGCUAUUCGCCGCGCGACAAUCGCGCGCGACUUCGCCCCCGUGUUCAUGGGCAGCGCGUUCAAGAACAAGGGCGUGCAGCUCCUGCUCGACGGCGUCGUGGACUACCUCCCCGCCCCGAACGAAGUCCAAAACGAAGCCCUCGAUCUGAGCAACAACGAGGAGCAGGUGACGCUCACCUCUGACCCGUCCGCGCCGCUCGUGGGCUUGGCGUUUAAGCUCGAGGAAGGGAAGUUCGGUCAGCUGACGUACUUGCGCAUCUACCAAGGCACGAUCGCGAAGGGCGGUUCGAUCGUGAACACGUCCAACAGGAAGAAGUUGAAAGUCCCGCGCCUCGUGCGCAUGCACUCGGAGGAGAUGGAGGACGUCCAGAGCGCGAAAGCGGGCGAGAUUGUCGCGUUGUUCGGCGUCGACUGCAAAUCCGGCGACACGUUCACGGACGGCAAGUCCAACGUCGCUAUGACGUCGAUGAAAGUCCCGGAGCCGGUGAUGUCCCUCGCGGUCGCGCCGAAGACCCGGGGGGAGGCUGCGCAGUUCUCGAAGGCGCUGUCGAGGUUCCAACGCGAGGACCCGACGUUUAAGGUGCACAACGACGAAGAGAGCGGGCAGACGAUCAUCUCCGGCAUGGGCGAGUUGCACCUGGACAUUUACGUCGAGCGCAUGAAACGCGAGUACGGCUGCGAGGUGGACGUCGGCGAACCUCGCGUGAACUACCGCGAGUGCAUAACGCAGCGCGCGGAGUUUGACUACCUGCACAAGAAACAGAGCGGCGGCAGCGGUCAGUACGGCCGCGUCGUCGGGUACGUCGAGCCGCUCGAGGAGGGGAACUCCGACGUGGUCUUCGAGAACGGGAUCAUCGGGAACGCGAUCGCGCCUGCGUACAUAUUAGCGUGCGAUAAAGGGUUCAAGGAGGCUGCGCAGACCGGUCAGCUCAUCGGUCACCCGGUCGAGGGCGUGAGGGUCGUGUUGACGGACGGCGCGAGCCACGCCGUGGACUCGAGCGAGAUGGCGUUUAAGCUCGCCGCGCUCGCGGCGUUUCGUCAGGUGUACGAGCGCGCGGCGCCGAAAAUUUUGGAGCCGAUCAUGUCCGUCGAGAUCACCGUCCCGACCGAGUUUCAAGGCACGGUCAUCGGGAACAUUAAUCGCAGAAAAGGCACGAUCAAAGACAGCACGUCGGAGGGCGACGACGUCAUCGUCACGGCCGACGUCCCGCUGAAGAACAUGUUUGGAUACAGCACGGAGCUGCGGAGCAUGACGCAAGGGAAAGGGGAGUUCACGAUGGAGUACACGGGGCACGCGACGGUGACGCGGGACGUGCAGGAGGAGCUCAUGGCCGAGUACGGGAAGACGCGGAAACAGGCGAAAGACUGAUCUGUCAUCGCAUCGGGCGGGAGUAACUUGGUACUGUAACUACAGUACUACUAACGCGCCGCGCCCAAACUAUUUUUUUUAACUUUCGACGACGAAAGGCUACAGUAAUAAUAACGAAUACGAUACGAU